AUGGGCUCAGCAGCAACAAUCCUCACAUACCGCAAGGCCGUGGACAGAGAUGCGAGAGACGUCAAGGUUCUCGUCCAGUCAGCAUACCGGGGAGACUCAAGUCGCACAGGCUGGACAACGGAAGCAGACCUAGUUGAGGAUGAGCGCAUCGACGAAGCAGGAGUCCUCCAGAAGAUCAACCAGAAGAACGGACUGGUGCUCGUCGCACAUGAUGAGACUGGUGCUUUAGCGGGAUGCUGCGAGAUUGAAGGCAAAGAAGGCGGAAUUGGAUACUUUGGUCUUUUCGCAGUAGAUCCUACCAGACAGGCUGGUGGACUGGGUAAAAGAAUCCUUGCCGAGGCGGAAACCAUGGCUAGAGAUGAGCUUGGAGUACGACUGAUGGAGAUGUUGGUCAUUUGGACGAGAAAAGAGCUGAUUGACUGGUACGUUCGGAGGGGUUACACGUUGACGGACAGGACGAAGCCGUUUCCAUAUGCGCACCUCGUUAAUGGAAAGGCGUUGCGGGAAGAUUUGCACUUUGUGGUUUUGGAGAAGCAACUAUAG